AUGGGACAGUAUCAGGUCACGGACGCUGAGCAGCUCGAGUUGUGGGCCUUCGAAACCCGUCGACUGGUCGACAUUGUAAACCUCGGACAACCAAUCGAGCUCGAAGGACUCGAAGCAUGGUUCGGGGAAGCCGAUGGUGAUGGAUACCGCCGACUGAACAAGCUGGCACAGCAGCUUGUCUUUGCUACCGAAAUCUCUUACAUGGAUAACGAGCUGAUAUUGCUGGAAUACUACCCAAUCGUAUCGAACCCGGCCAACUUCCGGGCUUCCAGCGGUCGACUACUCGACAACUUCGGCCCUCAAGGCGCCAUCCAUACAGCCAAGGGCUCUAUCCGUUUGGGACAAGAGAACGACAGAUGUUACCAGGCCCUGGUGAACUACAUCACGGGAACCCUCGCGCAGGUCCUUUUGCGUGCCAUGGACGGUGAGUUCUGGGACCAGAACGUCAUCAUCUCUUUGGCGAAGCUGGCCGCAAAGCUCAAGGUCGUGGGUCUCGACCUCACCAAGUCGGCCGCGGUCUGCCUCGCAACGGCUGGGGGGUGGGAGGGCCGUCUGCGACGGACGCUAGAGCGGGACUUUCCGCCGCCAAACAAGGGAUCCGAGUCCCCCAGAGACAGGCAGCUCGAAGCCGCCCAGAGGCACAUGGGACAUGAAGGACAUCAGUACUUCCGGCUUUUCGACGGCUUCCACCAGUGCAUCGGCGUCUUGAUGCUGCACGUUUGUAGAGGCUUGAUGUCGGACCCAGACACCACAGCCGCGGCGGACGCUUUUGAGGCAAGCUCCAUAAUCUACGACACGGGCUUCCGGCAGCAGCGCGCCAUGCUUUGUCAGGAGCGGUCGGGUGCCAUCUGCGGGAGCACGCACCACAGUGAGCUGCAUUCCGCCGACAUCGCCGUCGAGGUCGUUAUGCAGGUCCUGGCGAAGCUGAGGGCGGAACACGGAGCCACGAAGCCAGCGUCAGCGUCAUACACCGCGGUCCACUGGAAGUGGACCGAGAUACUCCCCCUUGAAGAUGAUGGUUCGGCCAGCUCGGCCAGCUCCAUGAAAGAGCCGCCUCCCAUUCGUUUGGGCACGUCGAGGGCCCGGCGCGUCUAUCUGUCGUCCAUGAAGCCCGUCAUCACCGCCCUAGUCCCGUUUCUCAUGAUCUGCGGUGAUUUCCCGAGCCAGCUGGGCAGCAUGAUCCACAUCACAAAAUUCAUAGCGCCGCCGGGGAAGCCCAUCAUGAGCUGCGAGAAAACACGCCUGCUUGCCUCCUUCAUGGUGCGCACCAGCAGCUACCACUUCGCUGGGGAUGACACCAUCACGACUGUUUGCAACAGCACCACCGCGCAGGAGAGGGCCCUGACGAAAUGGCCGGCCUCGCGCGACACGCCCGUGCGCCGCGGCGACGGCGGCGGCGGCGCCCAGGAGGCUGUGAGUGAUGGCGGCGAUGCCGAAGACGCCGACGACAGCCCGCUGCGCCACAAGCUGUCGUUGGCGAACGAAGAGAUCGCUGCCGGCCUCAGGCUGCUUGACAGCUGGAUUAUCGACGAGAAGUCCAUCAUCAUCCCGUACCGUUGGUAUUGCUGGGGCACUAUCGGCUUCUGCGCCGUGCUCGUUGUCGGAGGCCUGGUGAUGGGCUUCACGAUCGAGCAGCGAAUCCAAGGUGUUGACCCGUUCAACAUCUCGGUCUUCUGCUGGGCUCUAGCUGGCUUCCUGAUCCUCUUUUUCAAGGCCAUCCGCGUGCAAGAGUGGCCGUGGCGCGACUUCUUCCUCGGCCGCGUCGUGUGCAAGUCCGUCUCCGAGGUGGUGGCUGUCAGCUGGAUCAAGCCGCAGCUGUUGCUGGCCAUCCUCCUGCGACUAGAGCCCAUCAUGUUGCUCAACAAACGCGGGCCUUUCGAGGCCAUCUUUUCGCGCAGGGACGAAAAUGGCUUUGCCAUUGACAUCCCCAUCGGGACUGAGGCGCUCAACAUGGCUGGCUGCUUCUUCGUAAAGGUCCAAAGCGAUACGGGCCCUGCCAUACGGUGCAUCCGUCUCAACUCGGGCGCCAAGUUCACGGGGGUCCAUCCACAAGGAGCUAUCCAGUCUGGUGAGGGUAUUGGGUGCCGCAACAUGGACAUGGUGAGGCAAUGGACCGAAGGUUCGGAGGAGGGACCGCUUUAUACACUAAGCUCCAACGCCCUGGUUUGGACCCACGUGCUUGGUUUGCAUUCUGAGAAGGCAUACUUUGACUAGUAUCACUGUCUAGGGGGGGGAUACAAGUCGGUGUGUAACGUGGGGCGCAGCAAACGGCCGCUUAGCUAGGAGCAAAGGAGAGCAGAGGCAUCUUUUUUCGGAGGCGAAAACCCCGUUUCUAGACGCCUGGGAUCCCAUUUGCUCUCAAAAUCUCCCAGUUCUAAAACAUAUGAGGGCCGAACUAGUAUUCAUGUGGGUAACCACUGGG